ACCCGAUCCCACCGCUCCACCCACCCCCUCUUCUUUUUUCCGCCUUCUCUCCCACCAAUCUCCAAAAGAACCCACCAACCAACCCCAUCACCCCGCGGCGACGAUGAGAGGCCUCCUCGCGUGCGCCGCGCUCGCGCGCCGCGCCGCCGGCUCCUCCGGCGCGGCGCCCGCGCGCGUCCGCCACCUGGCGAGCGCCGCGGAGGCGGCGGAGGCCGAGCUCAAGAAGACGGCGCUCCACGACUUCCACGUCGCAAACGGCGGCAAGAUGGUGCCGUUCGCCGGGUGGAGCAUGCCCAUCCAGUACAAGGACUCCAUCAUGGAGUCCACCGUCAACUGCCGCACCAACGGCAGCCUCUUCGACGUCGCCCACAUGUGCGGCCUCAGCCUCAAGGGCCGCGGGGCCAUCCCCUUCCUCGAGUCCCUCGUCAUCGCCGACGUCGCGGGCCUCAAGGACGGCACCGGCACGCUCACCGUCUUCACCAACGAGAAAGGCGGCGCCAUCGACGACUCCAUCGUCACCAAGGUCACCGACCAGCACAUAUACCUUGUCGUCAACGCCGGCUGCAGGGACAAGGACCUCGCCCACAUCGAGGCGCACAUGGAGGCCUUCAACAAGAAGGGCGGAGAUGUCAAGUGGCACAUCCACGAUGAGCGCUCGCUGCUCGCAUUGCAGGGUCCUCUUGCUGCACCUACCCUCCAGUUGCUGACAAAAGAAGAUUUGAGCAAAAUGUACUUCAGUGACUUCAAGAUGAUUGACAUCAAUGGAUAUGCAUGCUUUCUUACAAGAACAGGUUACACUGGUGAGGAUGGCUUUGAAAUCUCUGUUCCAUCAGAGAAUGCAGUCGAUCUUGCAAAGGCUAUCCUGGAAAAAUCAGAGGACAAGGUCCGGCUGACUGGCUUGGGUGCCCGUGACAGUCUCCGCCUGGAGGCUGGCCUCUGCCUGUACGGCAACGACAUGGAGCAACACAUCACGCCAGUCGAAGCCGGCCUCUCAUGGGCAAUCGGCAAAAGGAGGAGAGCAGAAGGUGGUUUCCUUGGUGCAGAUGUGAUCCUCAAGCAGCUUCAGGAAGGCCCAAAGAUCAGGCGUGUUGGCAUGUUCACACAAGGGCCGCCUGCACGGGGUCACAGUGAGCUUGUGAGCAGCUCUGGGGAGAAAAUCGGUGAGGUGACCAGCGGAGGGUUCAGCCCCUGCCUGAAGAAGAACAUCGCCAUGGGUUACGUUAAAUCAGGUUUGCAUAAGGCUGGGACAGAAUUCAAGGUUGUUGUUCGUGGCAAGUCCUAUGACGCUGUUGUGACAAAGAUGCCCUUCGUGCCAACCAAGUACUACAAGCCCUCAUAGAUUGUACAAAUGGAUGUUCUUUCAGCUACAGUUCUCUCUUGCAAUUCUCUUGUCGCAGUCUGUCCCUGACGCCUUCUGCAGUGUUGCAGCUGUAACUUCUGUAAGACUCCCUCUUACAGCUUGACAUUUUACUUCUGCCUGCUAAUAAUGCUUUAUAUUUUCAAAAGCAAAUAUGUUCA